AUGCAUAUUUUUUCGUCUCAAUUAACCUCCUUCCCUCAGCUUGUGCUUUAUUUGCGUACCCCCCGCCUUCGGCGCACGCGUGCCCACCUCGUCCAUUCCCUCGCCAUCCCCACAUCAAACACUUCUUCUUCUCACAGUUCAUAUCCUCCAAACAUGUCCGGAAAAGGAAAGGGCGGACGCGGAAAGAAGAGCACCUCCAAGUCCUCGAAGGCUGGUCUGCAGUUCCCGGUGGCGCGUAUCGGUCGCUACCUCAAGAGGGGAAAGUACGCGACCAGGGUGGGUGCGGGCGCUCCGGUGUACCUGGCCGCUGUGCUGGAAUACCUGACCGCCGAGGUGCUUGAGCUGGCGGGCAACGCCGCCCGCGACAACAAGAAGGCCCGCAUCAUCCCUCGCCACAUUCAGCUGGCCGUUCGCAACGACGAGGAGCUCAACAAGCUGCUCGGCGAGGUGACCAUCGCUUCUGGCGGCGUGCUCCCCAACAUCCACGCGGUGCUCCUGCCGAAAAAGUCCAGUGUCGGCAAGGCCAAGGCGUCGGCAUCCGCUUCACAGGACUACUAA